CCAGCUGCCGCGAUGCUGGGACUCCUCCCCUGCCUGCUCCUCCUCUCCCUGCCGGGCUCCAGCUCUGGUUCCGAUGACGACGGCACCGUGGUGCUCACCACCAGCGGCCCCAUCCGGGGCAAGCGCCUCCCGGCCGGCUCCGACACAGUGACGGCCUUCCUGGGCAUCCCCUAUGCCGAGCCCCCCGUGGGGGCCUUGCGCUUCCAGAAACCGCUUCCCCACCAGCCCUGGAGCCACGUCUUGGAGACCACCAGCUUCGGCAAUGUCUGCCACCAGGCUGUGCUUACUGGUCACCCUGAGGCUAAUGUCUGGAUACCAAAAAGACCGCAGUCCGAGGACUGCCUCUUCCUCAACGUCUGGGUGCCCCAUCCCCAGCCGAACGGGACGGCCCCCAUCCUCAUCUGGAUCCAUGGCGGGGGGUUCUUCAUAGGGGCAGCCUCCCUCGACGUCUAUGACGGGCGCUUCUUAGCCGCCACCGAGAACGUGAUCGUGGCCUCCAUGAACUACCGGCUGGGGGCGCUGGGCUUCCUGUCCCUGCCCCCGGCCGCCCCGGGGAACGCCGGCCUGUGGGACCAGCGCUUGGCGCUGCGCUGGCUGCGGGACAACGCGGCUGCCUUCGGUGGAGACCCGGCUCGUUUCCUGCUCUUCGGCCAGAGCGCCGGCGGUUCCUCAGUCGGCUUCCACCUCCUCUCUGCGGGGAGCCGGGCCCUCUUCACCCGCGCCGCGCUGCAGAGCGGAGCCGCCACCGCACCCUGGGCUUGGAUUUCCCUCGAGGAAGCCAAGGAGAGAGGCCGGAGGCUGGGCCAGCUGCUGGGCUGCGCCGAUGGUGAUGACACGGCCCUGGUGGGCUGCCUGCAGGGGAAGGAACCCGGGGAGUUCCACAAACACGAGUUCUCUGUCUUGCGCCACAAGGAGCUGGUGGGGCUGCCUUUUGUGCCGACACCAGAUGGGGAUUUCCUCCCUGACACACCACCAAGGCUGCUGAGGGCCGGGCACGGCCAGCCUAUGCCCAUCCUGGCUGGGUUCACCUCCAACGAAGGCGCCUACAUAUUAAAAUUCAGUCCUCUUGACUUCAGCCUGGAGAACACCAGCCACAUCGGCUGGGAAGAGCUGCUGCAGGUGGUGAGGCUGGGAAUGCCAGGGGCCCCAGAAGAGGCCGUGCAGAUCGUGGCACAGCGGUACAGCCAGGAGAGGCAGGAUGAGGCACGGUACUUAUGGGCCAUGGACCAAACCACCGGUGACCGCCUCUUUGUGUGCCCGGUAGCCGAGGUAGCUGGGCGAGAGGCGGAGGCCGGCAGUCCUGUGUACACCUACUACUUCACUCACCGCAUUCCUGGCUUGUCUUUACCUGAGUGGAUGGGGGUGCCACACGGCUCCGAGUUGCCCUACCUCUUCGGGACCCUAGCGUUCAUGUGGGGUGCCAACUACACUCUCACGGAGGCCGAGACCGGGCUGAGACACAGGGUGAUGCGGUACUGGGCGGAGUUUGCCAGGAGCGGGAACCCCACAGGGUCAGAGGGCAGCAAGGAGCAGUGGCCCCUCUACAACUCCAAGGAGCAGAACUUCGUCCGCAUCAGCACAGAGCCGCCCCAGGCCAAGGGGACAUCGCCCGCCCAGCACUGCGGCUUCUUAGCAUCGCUGCUCAAAGAGACGCCAAGCCCCACAGCUGAGAUCCACAGAACUGCUGACCCCUCAAGGAAGAAGGAACAUGAGGAAGAGAAGGAGAACUGA